GGAGAGGAACCAAGGGAGAGAAGAAGUAAACAGUAAUAUUCAGGAAGAAAUAAACAGGCUGGAGUAGGGAGCAUAUCUCGUUGUAUGUCUUUUCCAAGAGAAAUCUGCAGGUGGCGUAGUUGCUCACUGACUUUCCUUCACACUCCACAUAUCAUCAUCGAGUUUAACACUUUCCCAGCCAAACAAAAUCUCUCAAGGCGUUUAAUCGCUCGACGUCCAGUCGACGGGGCUCAAGAACUAUAAAGACGAUGGAGUUAGUUAGUUUUCUGCUCGUCUUCUUUCCUGUCACACAUUCAGUGAAACACUCCCUGGCGUAUUUCUUCACUGAAUCCUCUGGACUCCAAACCUUCCCAGAGUUUGUGGUUGUUUCAAAGAUGGAUGGAGUGCAUGUGGGUUACUGUGACAGCAGCAAUAAAAGACUCAGACAGGUUUGGGUCAACAAAUUACUCAAUGAUGAUUCUGAAGACUUCAGUUGGUACAGUCAGGACUGUGCCGUUUACCAGCAGGUAUUCAAAGGCGAAACGGACAGUUUGAAACAGCGUGUAAACCAAACUGGAGGUCAUCACAUUUUCCAGUGGAUACUUGGCUGUGAAUGGGAUGAAGAGACUGGAGAGGUCAGUGGUUAUAGACAACACAGUUGUGAUGGAGAAGACUACAUAGAAUUUGACCUGAAGACAGAGACAUGGAUCAUUUUAACACCACAAGCUGUCGUCACUAAAACAGAGUGGGACAGAAAUCAAGCUGGCCACGGUUUAUGGAAACACUUCCUCACCAGUGUGUGUCCUGAGUGGCUGAAGAAGUUUGUGAACUAUGGGAGGAGCUCUCUGUUGAGAACAGAUCGUCCCUCAGUGUCUCUCCUCCAGAAGACUCCCUCCUCUCCAGUCAGCUGCCACGCUACAGGUUUCUACCCUGACAGAGCCAUGAUGUUCUGGAGGAAAGAUGGAGAGGAGCUUGAUGAGGACGUGGACCGAGGAGAGAUCCUCCCCAACCAUGAUGGAACCUUCCAGAUGAGAGCUGACCUGAACAUUUCAUCAGUCUCACCUGAAGACUGGAGGAGGUACGACUGUGUGUUUCAGCUCUCUGGUGUGAAGGAGGACAUCAUCACCAAACUGGACAAAGCAGAGAUCAGGACCAACAGGGUUCCUCCCUCAGAGUUUCCUGCUGCUGCUGUCAUUGGAGUUGUUGUAGGACUGCUGCUCCUGCUGCUCUGCAUCUCUGGACUCAUCUGGAGAAGGAACAAUAAUGGCUUCAGACGUGCAAACACUUCAGACUCUUCACCUCCAGAUGCAGCCUCUAACUGAUCACAGUGAGUCCUGCAUCAUAUCAACUACACUGAGCAGAUAUACAGUAAAUGAAAGAAUUUGCUCCUGAUGUUGCUGUGGCACAAACUCAUUCAUGACUAAUUUAGAUUUGAAUGUUGUUUGAUAUAAAUGACACCAGUCAGACAUUUAACCCAGAAUAUUAAAUAUCUGUGUGUCUACUUUAAUAACUGCACUGUGUUUCAGAGAACACUCUUUCAGCUGCUGUUACAUUCACAUUAUUUUUGUCUCUGUUAUUUACAGUCACUGGUUUUAGGUUGUGAAUUUUGUUUUUUAAUUGAAGUUUAAGUCAUGUGUCUGUGGAUGUUAUAAUUCUUAUGAAAAAUAAACAUUUCUAUGCUUAUUUGUAUACUGUAUGUUGCUAUGUAUUACACUGAUUUCAAUGUGUCUAUCUACCUGUGAAUACAGGACAUUUUAGAUUGUUACAACCAUAAAUACACAUGGAUCUGAA